GUGCUCGUGCCUUCCCAGCGUUUACAGUCAUUGAUUUGAAGAUGGCGGCAGGAUCUCCGUGUUCCUGGUCCCCACUAGCGCGAUUUAUACUACUUUUUUUCUGCUUGUUAGCCCAUUUCGGGACGGCGAGCUCCACCGCGCAAGUGCCACUUGUCAUUUGGUCCAACCGCAGUUUGCCCGCUGCUGCGCCGUCUUCAGCGGGCCACAUCAUGUCCAGCGAGCAGUUGGCUUCUUACCUGGCCUCUGCCUUUGGCUCAGGCGCCCACACCGUGCUGUUAUUUUUGCAAGACAAGCUCAGCAAAGAAGACUUCACCGUCUUUGGAGGUGUGUUCGGAAAUGAGCGGGACAGCGUCUUCACAAACGUGCAGGCGCAGCUGCGGUCGUCAUCCUCGGUGACGUUCCCCGCUGUAGCGUGCUCGCCCUCCUCCACGCUGGGGCUGUUGGAAAAGCAGCUAGGCGCCUCGCCCGUGCCGGUGGACACCGACGCUUUGUCACAAAUUCGCGUGGAGUCGUCGGUCAGCAACUUACUCGUCGUCAAGCUGCCUUAUUGCGAGAGCUCGCCGAAGUCUUGCAAGGAAGUGCUACGUGACAAUGAUGCUAUCAUGGCCAGGGUAAUGAGUGCCAUGGAAGACAAAAACGUGCCUUACACAGCCAUGUACACGGGUGUCCGACCGUCACGAGUGAUUUCCGAGCCGGCGCACUGGACCGCUGCCGGCUCUCGUUCGCUACUCCAAGCCGUCGUCCCUGAAGUCAAACCGCCUAUCAUUUUCAACGGGAGCGGCGGCCCUUGCAUCAUGCUGUGGGCGCGGAAUCUCAGCGUCAGCUUGUCGCAGCCUGGCCAGUGGACGGACCUCGCCGCCGAAACGCCCUCGUUGGCGGGUUCGCAGUGCAGCGCUGACAGUGCCUUGCUUGUGCUCCAGUAUGCAUCAGGCAUUAGCCUCAGCUUCGCCAUGAGUCAGCGUUUUUAUCCUGUUUCGGCUCGAAACUGGUUCACGCUGGACUCAGUGCAGCUGCGGUCCAACGGCGCCACGGCGACGUUCGUCGGGAGCCGCGUUAUCUCGGCACCUGCCGAGUAUUCUUUCCACUGCCAGACCCUCAAAAGCUUCCAGGACGCUCUGCUCGUGCCCAAUUCCACAGAUCCAAGCGUUGCUAAUUGGGGGCUCAAUUUCAGUGAUUUCCAGAUUCAAGGCUUCGGCUUGGCAAAUGGAACAAAUUUCUCCUACGCCAGCGACUGCGCGGGCUUUUUCACACCGGGAAUUUGGAUGGGGUUGCUGACGUCGCUCCUCAUGCUAACCAUCUUGGUCUACGGGCUCCACAUGAUCAUGCAGCUGAACACCAUGGACCGAUUUGACGACCCUAAAGGGCCGUCUAUUUCUGUGCCUCAGUCGGAGUGAGGGUUGCAAACCGUUGUGAAGACGCGUUCAUUCCCAAGUGCCAAAACCAUCAGGUUGAAUCUAUUUGAUUUGCACGUUUUUAGCGGUGUCACUGUUUCUAGAGCGGGUGGGUCUCCAAAGCAUUCCACAUAGGGCCGCAGUGGGUGCGGGAUCUCAUUCCAACAAACAAGAUGGUACCUUUUACCCAAUCUGGUGUCUUGCGAGUUAGUGUAAUCAGUUGAUUGCAGCUUGUUUUAGUACAAACCUCAUUGGUUGAACUGUCUGUGCUCGAUUGGUAGGAACAAUAAGCAAAGACCUACAGCAGCCCUUGAGGACCGCUUUGGAGACCUCUGCUCUAGAGGAUGCUUUUAUUGUUGUUUUUCUUCCUUCUUGACGAAUGUGUGGUUGAGAGUGUUUUACAGACCUCUGAAUUAAACAAAAUAUACAUUUCUACAGCUUUUGUAUUUUUAACUCAUUCACUCCCAGCCAUUUUCACCAGUGGAAGGCCCUUCACUCCCGGUCGUUUUACUGGAUUUUGACUGAUUUUGCAAGGCCCACAGAAAAUUCUGUUCUAUUGCUAUAUAGCAUGGAACCCACCAAAAGAAAGACUCUCUUCUUUCAGCAGGAAAAAAGUAAGUUUAUAUCUUUUUCCAUUCUUUAGAAAUCAGCAUUAGAAAAUAGCUUAGUUUGAGCAAUUUUCCAAUUUCUGAUGAAAAAAGAGAAAUUGAGCUUUUUGUGAGAGCAUACGUUUCAAACAUAACUUUGACUUUAACAGCUAUUUUUUGCUUUUGUGACAUCCCAAAUAUCUGAAUAAUGUUUUCCUUUUACAAAAUACCAUAAACAACAAGACAAAUAGAGCUUUUGAAAGCAAAGUAACAAUUUAUUUACACAUAACCGAGAUGACGCUGUUUUGGCCGCGACAGCUAGCCAAAGUUAGCUGACAGUUAGCUUUUCCCUCAUCGCCCCGUCUCAUAAAGUGUUGUCACAGAUUACUUGAAAAAGUAAUUUAAUUACUGAUUACGCCUGAUUACUUCAUUAACAAAGUAACUAAGUUACUUUAAAAGUAAUCCAUCAGUUACUUUUUACCCAUUUUUCUCCCUUUGCCGCCUCAAAAUAAGAAUGACAACAGAAAAGUGUCAUCACAUGUAAUUGACUUUCCGGUGAUUGAAUUUAAGGGGGAAUAUCAGAAUUUCGCGCUAGCUUAGCCACUCCGGAGCCCUGAAACUAACAAAUAUCUGACAAACUGCUUGGAAUUUGUUGAAAUCAACUCCACCGACCAAUUAAACCCCGCUAACUCUUAAGCCUAAUGUCAAAACUUCUGAAUUUCGGGUUAUGGUUAACAGCAUAUCAGUGCCAAUGUAAAACAAUGCAAAUUGACGGCACAAUAAUCAACAACACACAAGUGGAUUGUACAGUGCAAUAAACACAAAGGUGGUGGCGGGCGCGGAUGCGCGUGCAGCCGUGCAUAUUAACAACCCGGAAGUACUCCUCUCACCACACACGCGGUCAAUUUGGCCACAAAACGUGGCGGCAACUAGCACUUUACACUCAGUCGGACUUAAAACACAUCCCACAGAUGCUAAACGAACACAUCACCUAACGGCAUGAAUGUGCAACAGGCAUAUGAUGUAAACAAAUCUUACCAACUUGGAGCGAUGACUGCCUGUCGUUGCUACGGCAAAGCUAC